GUGUUUGUGUUUUGAUGUUUCAGUUUCAUCAUGAGGUGGACGGUGUUUCUGUUGAUGUUUCAGUGUUUGUGUUUUGAUGUUUCAGUUUCAUCAUGAGGUGGACGAUGUUUCUGUUGAUGUUUCAGUGUUUGUGUUUUGAUGUUUCAGUUUCAUCAUGAGGUGGACGAUGUUUCUGUUGAUGUUUCAGUGUUUGUGUUUUGAUGUUUCAGUUUCAUCAUGAGGUGGACGGUGUUUCUGUUGCUUCUGGUUUUGGUCCAAACUGAAGCCAAAGACAAAGAGAAGAGACGAGGGACGAGGAGACGAGAUGGAGACGUUAAAGUCAAAGAGAAACGUCUGAAGCCCCUGAAGCUCAAACCGGUCCCGCCCCCGAGCGUCCUGAUUGGUCCAGAGCCUCCGCCGAGCCGUCCCAUUGGCUCCAAGUCCCGAGGCAGCGCUCUGAUUGGACGAGAGACGGAGACAGAGACGAUCCUGGACCUGUUUAAGACCGAGUCACAGGACCACAAAGAACCAGGUUUGGGCGAGAGGAACUCGGUGGAGCAGAAGUUCACCAACGACGUGAUGGAGAAAUGGGAGAAGCAGCAGAAGAGAAAAGAAGAAGCUCGAAGAAGAAAGAAGAGAAAGAGAGAAAAACAGAAGAGGAGAGAAGAACAGGCUCUGAAAAUACAGGUGAAGAAGCAGGAGAGUCGGUGGAAGCAGAUGGAGGUGGAGCUGAGUGAACAGGAAGAGGCGGAGCUCCGGAAGGCGGAGGAGGAAGUGCAGGUGUGGCUCCGAGGAGACGUGUUCGAAAUGAAAACACACGAAGAAGAAACGACCGAGCCUGGACCAGAGUCCUGGACCAGAGUCUGGACCCGAGUCUGGACCCGAGUCUGGACCCGAGCUUGGACCAGAGUCUGGACCAGAGUCUGGACCUGUCUGGACCUGAGUCCUGGACCUGAGCCUGGACCCAUCCCCACUCCCCCGACCCAAGAGGGCACAGCUGAGGAAACUGAUGGGAACUAUGAGGAGAUCUUUGAGGACCCGGACCUGGACCCGGACCUGGACCCGGACCUGGACCCGGACCUGGACCCGGACCCGUCCGCGGACCGGGCCGGACUCCCUCCGGGCUGUGACAUCUCUGACGUGACGGCGUCGUGCGAAAACGCCAAACUGCAGCACUUCCCUCCUCUGUCCAUCCCGGAGCUCAAGUCCCUGAGCCUCGAAGGAAACAACAUCAGCACCAUCCCCCCCGAGGCUUUUAACGGAAUCCCAAAUCUGGAGUGGAUAAACCUGAAGAAGAACCGGCUCACGUCCGCAGGAAUCCACCCGCUCGCCUUCACGAGGCUGAAGUUCCUGACACGGUUGUACCUGGACGGGAACCUCCUGGAGACGGUUCCUUCUGGAAUCCCCUCGACGCUCCAGGAACUGAAGAUCAACGAGAACCUGCUCCAGAGCAUCCAGGAGACCAGCCUCAAAGGUCUGAGCAGUCUGGUCACUCUGGAGCUGGAGGGGAACAGGCUCAGUGAAGGAGGCGUCAGUCACGGAGCGUUCAACGACCUGACUGAACUCACCUACCUACGACUCGGGAGGAACCACUUCAGGGCCGUGCCUCAGGGUCUGCCGCCGACGCUACAGGAGCUGCACCUGGAGCACAAUCGGAUCGAGGAGAUUUCUGAGACGGUUUUUAACCAAACUCAGAGUUUAACUUUGAUCUCACUGAGGAACAACAAACUGGAGGAGAGUCGCAUCGCCCCACGAGCCUGGAUCCACCACAGGUCCCUCGAGUCCUUGGACCUGUCUCAUAACGAGCUGCACCUGGUCCCGUCGUUCCUGCCUCGGUCUCUGGUUCAUCUGGUGCUGGUGGGAAACCACAUCGAGAGGAUCCCAGGUUACGUGUUCGCGCACAUGUCUCCGGGGCUGCAGUACUUGUAUCUGUCGUACAACAAACUGGACGGCGAAGGAUUCGAGCCCGAGUCGUUUCUGGGGACGUACGAGUCGAUGGUGGAACUUUGUCUGGAUCAUAACCAGAUCCUCCAGGUCCCGUCGGGAAUCAACGAGAUGAUCGACCUGCACUUCCUCCGCCUCGACCACAACCGCAUCAGGAGGAUUGCGGGGGACAGUCUGUGUGAUCCUGGUCUGAGUGGAGGAGGAGGGACGUUAGUCGCUGUUCGUUUGGAAAAUAACUUCAUCGACCCGGAGACGGUUUCGCCCUCGGCCUUUUCCUGCGUCAGGGCCCCGUCCAGCGUGGUGCUCAAACCCCAGCACGGACCCAAGAACCGACCGCCAAAACGCCACGACUGACCAGAGCCACGACUGACCAGAGCCACGACUGACCAGAGCCACGACUGACCAGAGCCACGACUGACCAGAGCCACGACUGACCACAACCACGACUGACCACAACCACGACU